AUGCGGAGGGUUUUCGGAAGAUUGUUCGGAGUCUUAGUCGUGACUGAAAGGAUCUCAAGAUGCGGAUUUCUGAUUUACAUUUAUGGAUGGCCAUUUUUCCAGACCCUCGCGCUGCUCCUGCUUGGGACAAUGUCUUUCCAGCUUUACAUCCGCAGAAAUCGAGGGAGCCUCCCCCACCGCCUCUCAUACCUUCUCGCCCUUCGGGCCCAAACCAAGCUGCGGUCCCAUUCAUGGAACCUGAGCCAUGUCCUGCUUCAAGUGGGCCGGGCCGGACCGCAGGGUGGUGACCGUCAUCCUCUGGCAGUCUGCGGUCCGGACGCCGGCGCCUCCAAUAGCCCGAGCGAGGAGACCCAUGGGGUCCUUGUGGGGGUCCGCACUGAGUGUGUAAGUGGGAACCCUGUGGGUCUCUACCCCGCUCCGCCCCUGCGUCCUGCUGCGCUCCCCGCCGGUCAAGGUGGUCCUCGGUGCCGCGCCAGCCCAGCGACCCAGCGACUGGCGCAGGGACUGCAGCAGCGAGGCUGCCCAUGGGGGCGGCGCCCGGGACUCCAGCGCAGCGCCGGCGGCCGAGCGGAACCGCACUUCGAACUCCGUGUCUGGUCCCGAAGCGUCGUUUCCCUUGAUAGCCGGCGGCUGCCGUGCGCGCCGCGGGACCGCGCUCCCGAGAAGGGCCGAGAGUCUGCGGCCUCUCUGUGGAGCAUUCUUCUCCUGAAGGAAACGCAAUCCCCAGUUUCUCCCCCAAAACGCACUAUUCGUGAGCGAGUUCUGGCUGCGCCCCUCCCCGCCGGAGGCUGCAACCCCCGAGCCCUCCCCGCGGCCGGUCCUGCGGCUCCGCGCGCUGUCGGCGACACCGGGCAGACUUCCAGGCCCAAGUGGCUGAUGGAGGACCCACUGCACCUCGGUGUGAUGCAUGAGGGCUGUUCACUGGCGAUGCGAAGCAUUUCAGGUUCCCCCGAGGAUGGGCCUGGGUUACCGGCCCCCCCGGCCUCCACACAGACUGGGUGCUACAGCCCAGAACAAGCGAGAGGAAGGCUCCGGUCUGCUUCCUCCGCCGCAGCCGCGCGCUUCCGGCGGGGUGGCCGCCACUUCCGCCCGGGUCCGCCGGUGCCGCGCAAGCAGGGACCUCGGGAAGCGCCGGGUGCGCGGCCGGGUGGGCACUGCUGUCCCCGGCUUCAACGCAGCCCGCUGCUGCUGCCGCCGCCGCCUCCGCCGCCGCCGCCGAGACCCCUCUCAGAAGGCGGCCCGGGCCGGCGCCUGUGGCGCGCCGCCCUCAUCGCCUUCAUCCCUGCCGGCCAAGCCGGCUUUGGCGACCUGACCCCCGUGUGGUGUCGAACUCGCCAGGUAGCAGCUGAGUGUAUGGACAUGGAAACCAGCACUCCCGGCAAGAAGCCAUGGUGGACCAUGCCCCAAAACUUUCGUGUUCCAUUGGUAUUUUACAUGGAAGAGGACCAGGAGGAGCUUAUUUUCGGGCAGAGUGACACAUACCUUCGCUGCAUCGAGGAGCACAGCUACACCCUCAUUCAACUGGAGAGGUGGUUUACAGCCACAGGCCAGACUCGCGUCACUGUGGUCGGACCACCGAGCGCAAGGCAGUGGCUAUUGCACAUGAUAUUGUGUGUGGGUAGCCAGGACUCCUAUUGUCAUGCCCGGGGCCUCGAGAUGCUGCGGCGUGUCCGGAGCCAGCCCCUGACCAAGGAUGACCUGGCGACCCCCUUGAGCAUGGAGCCCAACACCGGAGACCUGUCUUUGGCCACCAGGAUAAGUGGAAAUAUCUCUCUUAGUGCUCCUGAGGCUUCCCUUUACCUACUGGCUGGUUGUUCCGGGUUCCAUCUGAGUUCACUCUAUCCGUGA